CCUGCCAGAAGUCCUAGACCAGAGCCCGACCUCAGUGGAUCGCACCGUUUGCGCCAUGGACGGGACCGCACCACUCCGCGAUUGCCAGGCCUGGAAGGACGCAGGGCUGCCGCUCUCGACCACCAGCAACGAGGCCUGCAAGCUGUUUGAUGCCACCCUGACCCAGUACGUGAAAUGGACCAAUGACAAGAGCCUGGGUGGCAUUGAGGGCUGCCUGUCCAAGAUCAAGGCUGCCGAUCCCGGCUUUGCCAUGGGUCACGUCCUCAACACUGGGCUCAUGCUGAUUGGCACCGGGAGCUCCGUGCGGAUGGACCCGGAGCUGGCGCAAGCCGUGAGGACUAUGGUGGCCACAGCACAGGGCCAGACGCUGACCCCUCGGGAGCGACUGCACGUGUCUGCGGUGGAGAGCUUCGCCAAGGGGAACUUUCCAGAAGCUUGCGAGUUCUGGGAGCAGAUUCUUCGGGACCACCCCACUGACAUGCUGGCCCUGAAGUUUGUCCACGAUACCUACUUCUAUUUGGGCUACCAGGAGCAGAUGCGGGACUCAGUGGCACGCGUCUACCCCUUCUGGACAGCUUCCGUCCCCCUGAGCAGCUACGUGAAAGGAAUCUAUUCCUUUGGGCUGAUGGAGACCAACUUGUAUGACCAGGCGGAAAAGCUAGCCAAGGAGGCGCUGACACUGAACCCUACCGAUGCGUGGUCGGUGCAUACAGUCGCCCAUAUCCACGAGAUGAAAGCCGAGGUGCAGGCGGGCCUGGACUUUAUGGGGCGCUCAGAGCAAAAUUGGAAGGACUCGGACAUGCUCGCCUGCCAUAACUAUUGGCACUGGGCCUUGUACCUGAUCGAGAAGGGCGAGUAUGAAGCGGCCUUGACCAUUUACGACACCCACAUCCUCCCCAGCUUGCAGAAAAGUGGGGCUAUGCUGGACGUGGUGGACAGCUGCUCCAUGCUCUACCGGCUGCAGAUGGAAGGGGUCCCCGUGGGCGCCCGGUGGCUGGACGUCCUGCCCGUGACCCAGAAGCACACGCGUGACCACGCGCUGCUGUUCAACGACGCGCACUUCCUCAUGGCCUCGCUGGGCGCGGGCGACGCGGGGACCACGCAGGAGCUGCUGAGCACGCUGCGGGAGGCCAGCGAGUCCCCGGGGGAGAGCUGCCAGCUGCGCCUGGCGCGGACCGUGGGGCUGCCCCUGUGCCAGGCCCUGGUGGAGGCGCAGAGCGGCCGCCCCGACCGCGUGCUCGACCUGCUGCUGCCCAUCCGCUACCGCGUCGUGCAGAUCGGCGGCAGCAACGCGCAGAGAGACAUAUUCAACCAGCUGCUGAUCCACGCGGCUCUCAAGUGCACGGAGGGGCCGCACCGCAACGUGGCGCGGAGCCUGCUGCUGGAGCGGGAUGCCCUGAAGCCCAACUCGCCCCUGACCGAGCGUCUCCUUCGUAGGGCCUCAGCCGUCCACCUCCUGCAGUGACCCAGCCUUGGCUUCCCG